AUGGCAUCCAACAAUGCCAAAUACAACACAACCAAGCCCCUGAAUAACCUCGCUGCCUCCGAUUCAAACACAGACGAUGUUGAUUUCGGUCGGUAUGGCCCAUUAUCCCACAUCAACACCGCCGAAAGCCGCCUUCCAGCCUUCGGUGGUGAAUUCCAACCGGGUCUAUACAAGAAUCCCAAGAACCGCAAGGUCGCGAACCCCGCCCCGUUGGGACUCUGCGGUUUCGCCCUGACGACUUUUGUCCUGGGCUGUGUCCAGAUGGAUGUGCGCGGUGUGAACAAGCCUAAUAUGAUCGUUGGCCCUGCCUUGGUAUAUGGUGGAUUAAUUCAACUUCUUGCUGGAAUGUGGGAAAUGGCCAUUGGGAAUACAUUCGGUGCAACUGUGCUCUCCUCGUAUGGUGGAUUCUGGAUGUCUCUUGCGAUUACUUUCAUCCCGGGUGGAUUCAAUAUUGAAGGAGCUCUCAUUGAAGCCGACAAUGGCUCGCCGAUUAUGUUCUAUAAUGCAUUUGCGAUAUACCUCAUGGGCUGGUUCAUCUUCACCUUCCUGCUUCUUGAAGCUGGUGGAUUGUUCGCUCUUCUCGGAGCGUUCCUGGCUUGGUACAAUGCCCUUGCUGGAAUCGCAGAUAGCAGUAACAGCUUCUUCCUUGUCCCUGUUAUUCACUUCCCAUGGUCGGAAAAGAAGCGAAAUGAGAGACGGGCUAGCAAGCAGGACAGCAGCAAUGCUUAA